GGGGCUUUCGUGGCGGGCUUAGCUGGGUUGCUGCAGUUGUAGAGGAAGCGGCUCUGGGCCUCCGCGGGCGGGAGGCAGCUAUGCCCCGGUAUUAUGAGGACAAGCCAGAGGAAGGCGCGUGCGCGGGCGUGAAGGAGGAUCUGGGCAUCUGCCUGCUGCAGUCCGACUGCGUGCUGCAGGAAGGAAAAUCCCCUCGGCAGUGUUUGAAAGAAGGAAACUGCAAAGCUCUGAAAUACUCAUUUUUUGAAUGUAAAAGAUCAAUGUUGGAUGCAAGAUCAAGAUUCAGAGGAAGAAAAGGAUAUUGAUCCUAAUAUGUUGAAACCAAGAUAAAGUCAACAAAGCAUUUUCUGUGGUCAAAAACAGAGAAAUCAACAUAAGAAAUAUUUUCUGUAUCAACUGGAUCUAUUUUUCUGCUCCACUGAAUCCUAAAGAAAGUAGAUGAGUUCUGUUUUUGAAAGUAAAUUUAAAUUGAACAUUUAUGAGAAUGGUAGCUAAAUAAAUGUAUAUUGAGAAUUGUUCUUAAUCACAGAGAAUAAAAAGAUGAUUGUUUUCAAGCUUGAAUCCUCCUCAUGGAUAGAACAGUCAGGACAGUUAUAAUCCAUAAUACAGAGCAAAUGUUUGUUGUGGGGCCAGAGAGAUAGUAUAACAGGCUGAGUUCUGGCCCUGCACUGGCCAGUCUUAUUUCACACCCCACCACCACAUAUGGUCUUCAGUGCUUCACCAGGAAUGUUCCUUGAGCACAGAGCCAGGAGUAGGCCCUGAGUACCACCAAGUGUAACCCCAAAACAAAAGUAAAUAAAAAUAAACUUAAUACUCAUCUA